UCUUUUUAAAACUGAGAAUGAGGUACUUUUUUGCCUCAUUAUAAGGUCUCUAUGCAGGUGCCUCUAAUUGCCAGGGCAGCAGGAGAUAGAGGUCUUAUAAGCCAACUAUUGGGUCCAAAAUAUGGUGCUUUCUUUGUUUGUGGAUCUUUAGGAGGCAAAUCCACCCCUGGCUUGCCAGCUUUGACUAGCAUUAAAGACGUUUAUAAACUGGAAUAUGUGAACACAGAUACUAGAGUUUUUGGUGUAAUCUCUAAUCCUGUUGGCCAUAGCAAGGGCCCUCUUCUGCACAACCCUGCCUUUAGACAUACAGGAUACAAUGGAAUAUAUGUGCCUCUACUAGUUGAUAAUAUCAAGGAAUUUUUUCGGGUCUUCUCAUGCAAUGACUAUGCUGGUUUCAGUGUUGGACUCCCACAUAAGGAAGCAGCAGUACGGUGCUGUGAUGAAGUAGAUCCACUUGCUAAGUCUAUAGGAGCUGUUAACACAAUUAUAAGGAGACCUUCUGAUGGCAAGCUCAUUGGUUACAAUACAGAUUGUGAGGCUUGUGUGACGGCAAUUGAGGAGGCGCUUAGAGAGAGACAAAAGACAAAUGGCCAUGCAUCAAAUGUUUCUCCAAUUGCUGGAAAAUUAUUCGUAUUAGUUGGAGCAGGUGGUGCUGGGAGAGCUAUUGCUUUUGGUGUCAAAAGCAGAGGGGCAAGGGUUGUAAUAUUUAACCGCAAAUACGAGAGAGCAAAAGCUCUGGCCGCAGCAGUAUCUGGUGAAGCCUUGCCAUAUGAACAACUAAAUGAUUUCUGCCCUGAGAAGGGAAUGAUUCUUGCAAAUGCUUCCGCUGUAGGCAUGCAGCCAAGGACAGAUCAAACUCCAAUUUCCAAGGAGGCCUUGAAAUCAUAUGAGCUAGUAUUUGAUGCAGUUUACACACCUAGAAACACGCGGCUGUUGCAGGAGGCUACAGAGGUUGGAGCUGCAGUGGUGGGUGGGGUUGAGAUGUUCGUCAGGCAGGCAAUUGGGCAGUUUAAAUUGUUCACCAAUGGAUUAGCACCAGAAGACUUUAUGCGGAGGAUAGUAUAUGAGCAAUUUUGAUUCUUGUAGAAGAAAAGUUACAGUUUUUUACUCAAAUCAGACAGUGCUAAGCCCAGGGCCUUAUUUGCUAGCCAAUAGAAGAGGUUUCUGAAACUCUUAUAUUCCAUAUGGAUGCUCCUUCAGCUUCCAGUUGCGAAUUGAUUUACAUGGGGAAAAAAGAGACAUCAAAAUAUUGUGAGAUUGGUUUUUUUUUUUUUUUUUAAACUUUCUGAAAAUCAUAUAGUAUACUGUAAAUAAUUUCUUGUUAUAGUUUGUAGGUAAUAUCUGGAAAGAUGUGCGUGCUUUGCCUUUAUUCCAGAAAGGUAGUCUAUAAGCAAUAUAACAUUAAGUCGAAUUUGCCUA